UAACAAGAGCCGCCAUUCAUCGAGCAGCCGCCGUGAGGAGCGCAUCGCGCGUAUCUUUUAUAAUUAAUUUUACUUGUACUGUGUAUCAAUUUUGUGUAAUAUUCAGUGUAUUCUCCAUCCAUUGUGAGCCAAGACCUGAGGGAUACUAUUGAGAGUCGUGAGAGAGCUAAGGAGGCCUAGGUUCUGCCCUUUUUCUCGAUUAUGUGCACAAAAUGGCAGACAGUGUUGUGUGUUUAGACGAUGAAAAAGCGUCCAAAUCUGAGACUUGUGAAUUGAAUAUUGUUAGAGUUUGUGGUGGAAGUGAGGAGAGUGGCAUUGCAAAGCCACCACAGUCAGUCACUGCCCAGAAGCCGCCCAUUCCGAUGAGGAACAUCCUAGCGCCCCCAGCUGUGCCCGGAAGUGCCACUGGGGCGCCCAAGAAGGCCGACGGGGCUAGCCCUACAGUCCCAUCUGCCACUCCAUCAACAUCAACAGCAGGCACCGUCAAUCUGCCACCGCCCAGCGAUCCAGGAGCUGACCAGGAGUCUGAUGAGUGCCGCAAGAAACGCUGCACCGAUCGAUAUGACUCCUCCGAGUCUUCAGACAGUGGAGUCGCUGCUCUGAGUUGCACGGAUUCGAGCACAACGCUCAGUGAUACAUCGGAUCCGGGCUCACCGUACAGUUCAGCAUCUCUGGAAGAGAUCCAGAAUUCAACAAUGGCACCUCGACAAAUGCAGGUAACCCCAACAAGUACACAAACAGCACCACAUCAGUGGCCAUGGAGUAGCGGAAGUGCCCUGCCAUCGCCCAUUGUUCCCGCCUCAGCUCCUGCUCCAGCCAGCAACAACAACAACAGCACCACCAGCAACAACAACCUCAAGCGAACGGAAUCGGGCCUGAAGAUGCUGGAGACGCCAAAGAGGAUACGUCUGGCGGAUAAAUCGCCCAAUGGACUGAAGAAGACAUCAACGCCAAUUCAGAAGGCCAAGGUGGAAGAAUCACCGCCACAGACCAAGAUCACGGGGUACUUCAAGUCGCAAAUGAAGCCCGUGGCAACUACAAAGAAGGAUCUCACGAAUCUGGUGAUUAGAUCGAGGGAAUUUCCCAAGGCCAAAGUGGACAUGCAGACGAGGAGUCGAGCAGUGACGACGAAGACGGAGGAGAACAGGAAGAAGAGUGAGAGGAAAGCAAAGGCAGUUGUGGGUGUUUCUGGGACUAAGAAAAUGCCCAUUAUCAAUAAAGUGCCAGCAACUCCGCCGAAACGUCCGGUAGCUAUUGCUCCUAGGGUCACGACGACUGAGAAGAAGCCUCAACAGAGUAUUCUCCCUGUGGAUCAGGUGAAGCAUCAACCGACGGUGGUUUUGACAGCCAUAAGACUUCCGCAAUCUGCAAAUUCUGGGCAAGCAGCUACGCAAGCAGCAGCAAAUCAGAUACAUCCGGAAGCUGUGACAAAGAGUCCAGCUAAGGUUAAUCCAGUUUUUCAGCUGCCCGUGGUAUCCAACUUCGUGCAGAUACCAAAUAUUCUGACCAAAGGCACCACCACGAAUCUCCUGAUGAACGGAGGGCAUUUGGCGCGCAUCAAUGGCACGCAUCCUGGACAGUACUUUCUCAAUGGUGCUGCUGUCCUUAAGCUAGCCACUAGCAAUACUGGAACUGUCACAUCAAUUGAUGAGAAUGGAGGAGCAAGAGCAAAUGCUGGUGCUGGAGGAGUUCUGGGAAAAUCUCCAGCUGGAUUUGCUUCACCGGUCUUUAUGACAACUCCCCAGGGAAUUCUCCUCAAUGCCACACUGCCCACGGUGAUAACGUCACAAUACUCGAAUGUACAUCAAAAUCAUCUACUGCCCAGCUUCAGUACACUACUCCAGCAGACGCAGCAUCAUCAGGGACAGUCGGUGUUUGCCUCAUCGAGCACCACGAGUCAGGCAUCUUGCUAUCAAUUCAACCAGGCGCCAAUUGUGCCCAACAUUCCAGCGUCUGGCUUUGCACAGAGCUUCCCAUCGAAGAUUCCACAGCCUCUGGCAACACCUUCAACAGUUACCCAAGCAUCUGUCACCACGAUGACUGAGACGCCCAAAAUGAGUCCAGUCACGGUGAAUGUAGACGCCACAGCUCCCGUGGUGCCUCUUCCGGACACCACGGCCAAGAAUGUAGACCUUAGAUCUCCAACACUGCCCACCCAGAGCCCAGAAGUUCCCCCUGUUUUGCCCUCGCCCAAGAGUCUCGUACUCGAGCAGAUUCAACUGAAAACCUGCCCGGAUCUCGAAGUGAGUCUCGUGGAGGUUGAACCAGUGGAAAAACUCAAGUCUCCACGUGUAGAAACUGAUCUCCCCAACCUUCCGGAAUGUGCCAAGAGCCCAAUACUGUCACAGCCCAAAACCAUCAGAUUCCCGCCGCAGAAUGGCGAGUUUAUGCCCAAGGGUGUCCGGAAGUCAGAUGGAAGGAUUGUGGGCGUAUGCUACUGGGAUCAAUGUACAGCUCGCUUUGAUUCCAGCUCAAAGCUUCUCGAUCAUCUGCAAACGCAGCAUGUAACGCCCCAAACUGUGCCCUUCUCGUGCCUCUGGGCCGGCUGCAAGGUUCACUCACGGCAAUCGUGCUCCAGGCGAUGGCUCGAGGGGCAUGUGCUCUCACACGGUGGCCCCAAGCCUUUCAAGUGCAUUUUCGACGGAUGCGGACAGAGAUUCGGAUCGAGGAUUGCUCUGGAGAAGCAUGUCAAUAGUCAUCUCAAUACCACGGAGAAUUCUGGGAAUUCUGCCAAUAAGAGAUCAUCGGAUCUUCCCGUGUCCAAACUCAUCCGGAGGAAUGGGAAGAAAUUGCGGUAUCGUCGGCAACCGUGGUCAGCUCGGAUGUUCGAUUUCUUCGAUUCGGGCAUCAUGGAGGGUCUUCAGCAUCGUCUUCUGAUCUCUAGCUCCCUGGCCAGCGGUCCUGAUGGCUCCCUGGUCUUCAGAGGCCGCAAAAUGGGCCGUCGAGUACCCAAGAGCGGCAUUCCUGAGAUAUACGUCUCCUGGAUUCCGAGUGACAUAAUCUCAGAUGAGUGGAUCCAGGAGCCGAAGGAUGGUAGCUCACCAAUCACCAAGACUGUGGCGAUUGAGUCACUGAAUAACAGUGAACGGAUCGCCCUGCAGGAGCACCUGCGAUCUCUCUACAAGCGCGAGGUUCGGGAUUUGGGGAAGGAAUCUGGGGGGUGUGAUAGUAAAUCGGCGCCAAAGUUCAAAGUGGUGAAGACAAGUGGGGGCCCUGUAACAAUUCUGGAGGACGUAACCGUCAGCCAGGGACGCAAGGAGAAGCAUCACAGGAAGCCACCAAAGAAGGUGCAUCCGUCGUGACCCCAACUCAAUGCCCAACCACACAACUCUAGACUGUAAGUCCCCCCUCAAAAUCCUUUUUGUUUUCUCGUGCAAGAAAAAAAGUGUCUCUGUAGAUAAGGGGAAUUUCCUUUUUGGACCACAAUAUUGAGCCUCGAUGGAGAUAUUACAACUUUGAUGGUCAAUUUUGUAAAGAAGAAAGAAAAAAAGACAAGCGGUCGCGAUUUCGAGGGAAAAUUUCCUUUUAGUUCCAUUACUUGAAUAGUUCUUUCCUUUUAUUAAUUUCCAACAAGUUUUUUUUUACACAAAAUAGUUUAGAUAAGAAUUUUUCAUAAAUUAAAAUUGGAUCACAAAAAUAAAAGAUCCAACGGAAAUCAACGGAAAAUUUUACAUUUAGAUCAAUGUAGUUAAUUUUACAAAGUGAAGCCCAAUUGAUUUUUUUUAAAUAAUAUAACCCCUGAAAUUUAUUACUAAUUGUAGGAUUCUUUUUUCCUUGGGGAAAAAAAUCACUGAAUUUUUUUUUUGAAAAAAUUAAAAUCUGUAGAUAUUCUAAAGGAAAAUGUUAAAUUGCAAAGUCAAAAAAUUAUUUAAAGGUAAAUUUGUUUAGGAAGGAGAAAAAUUUGUACAUUUUUUGGAGUAUAAAAGCAUAAAGUUCCGAUAGGUUUUUUGGUAAAGAUUUUUUAGUCAAAUCAAAUGGAAAAGAAAAAUACAAUUAGUUCUUUUCAAAUUUGUUCUACAAUAUUGGAGUUGGUGCAAAAGUUCUAUCACUCUCUCAGAAGCUCUAAAGUUGGAGGGAGAUAUCUUGGUUUCUAAUUGAAGAUAAUUUUGAGAAUUCUAUAUUUCUGAAAUCCUGGAAUUGUCAAAGCCUUAUCUUGCAGAACAAAUCAAGCUCUCAUUAGGGAUCAUGCGAAUUUUUAGCUUUCAGACAAGUUGUAAGGCGUUACAUUUUUAUCAGAGUCCUUCACUGAGAAAAAACGGGGGUGCGAUUAACUUUUUUUUCUCGUAACUUUAACACUUUUUAGGUGUAAAAAUAUUUCAGCAUUUUGAAAAAAAAUCAUGAAAAAGGGUAACUUUAACCCCCAAUACACCUAAAAAGGGUAAUAUUUACACCGAUUUCGGAUCAAUACUGCAGGGUAAAAUUAACAUUUCCGGAAUGUUAUUUUAACUUUUCCGGAUUUCUCUCAGUGUUUAAUAAACCGACAAAAUUCCUUGAUAAUUUGUACAAUUCUUUUACAAUUGAUCUAAUAAUUUGAGGUUAUGUUGGUCCUAACCUCACAAAAAUGAGAAGAGGAUUAAAAAAAUCUUUUUCAAUGCAAUUUUAAGUCAUUUAUUAAUUUUAGAAGAUAGUAAAGCUAUUUGGAAUAAUUUUCUAGAGAUUUUAAGUAAUUCGCAUUUCAAAUAACAACAAAUCUGAAUUUCGUGAAGUUAAAUAUAAAUCAAAAUUUGAGACAGUAUUGUUGCUGUAUUAAGGAACAACCUAUAAAUUGGCAGUCUAAACUCUUGAUUUCACAUUAUAUUUUAUCAUUGACAAAUUCAGAAUUGAAAUGUUGAUCCAUUUGGCCAAUUCUCACUUGUUUUAUUUUAGGUUAGACUUAAGAUAACCUCAUUUUCUGAAAUUAGACCUUGUUAUUUUUUUUCUGGAAGAAAAUGUGCUCUGAAUCUCUUUAUUUUAUUUUUAAUGCCAUAGACACACUUAAGACGAUAGACGGCUUAACGAAUUUAUCAUCAAAAUAAUGAUCAGAUUACAUUUCCAACAGUUUCUGACUAUUACGUCUCUCGGCUUAAGCUGAGGAACGGCUUAGUUAGGCUUUCUUACACAGAAAAAAAUAUUUUGUAAAAUUGAUCGUAAAUGUUUGUGAAAUACUAUGGCAGACUUACGAAAUGUUCGUGAAUCGUAUAACCCACAAACAAGUUCGUAAAAUUUUGUACUUUUUUCACAAAGAUUGUUCGUAAAAUGAUCAUUUGACACAUCCAUUUUCAUCCAUGAUACAAACAUUUUUUGUACUUUACAAACAUUUGUUCGUAAAUGUUCGUAAACACACAAAAAAUGUUCGUAAAAUUUUGUCAUUUGUUCGUAUUUGUUCGUACAUUUUUGCCAGACAAACAAAAAUUUACGAACAAAUGACAAAAUUUUACGAACAUUUUUUGUGUGUUUAGGAACAUUUACGAACAAAUGUUUGCAAAAGUACAAAAAAUGUUUGUCAAAUGAUCAUUUUACGAACAAUGUUUGUGAAAAAAGUACAAAAUUUUACGAACUUGUUUGUGAGUUAUAUAAUUCACGAGCAUUUCGUAAGUCCUCCAUAGGAUUCCACUAAUAUUUACGAACAAUUUUACAAAAUACUUUUCAGAAUUUAGAGAAAUUAUUAUUUUGGUUAUAAUUACGCUAAGCCGUCUCGGCUUAAGUCGUAAAGUGUGUCUAAGGCAUAAGACGGGAUAAUGACGGAAAUUUAAACGGGAUAAUGACCAGCGCACAAUAAAUUUUGUUUGUAAAGAUGUUUUAAAAAUUUCCCAUGAGAAUGAGCGAGAUGACUAGAUCUUGAUCUCUUCACUCUCAUUAAAAUGUCAAAAAUAUAUGUACUAAACAAAAGUUAUUGUGCGUUGGGCAUAAUUCUAAAGGUACCCCACUGUCCAACGGAUUAGUGCGCUUUGAAAAAUGUCCCUUAGUUGCGUUACUCACAGCUUAACCUUAAAAAAUCAGAUCGAUUUCUAAACACAAAGAAAAUGCAUUUUUAUUUCACGCUUCGUCUUCAUGAUGGCCGAAGUAUUUUCUAUUCGAAGUUCCAAGUGUAUCGAGUGUCAAAAUGCUUCUGUUUUUGAUCUUGUUAUGGGAAAAAUCAAAGAAACAAAACUUACUUUAUUAUAAAUCCCCACUAAUCACUGAAUUAUAUUUUAAACAACUUUUUAGUGUGAUAUUUCUUAAAUUUGCAUCCCCUUGUGUGAAAAUUUAGUUCGAAAAUUCGAAAUGGAAUUUAAAUUCAUCGAAAUUCAACGACUUUUUGUGCAAAUAGAAUUCCAUUUACCAUAUUUAGGAAACACAAAACAAUAUUUCAUAAAAUUGUUCGUAAAUGUUUGUAAAUUCCUACUCGGGACUUACGAAAUGUUUGUAUAGCCCGUGACUUUAUCACUUUGCGAUCAUUUUUUGUUCUUUUGCAAACAUUUGUUCGUACAUUUUUAUUUCUGUGACAAAAUUUUACAAACAAAUUACAAAAUGUUACAAACAUUUUUCUGUGUGUUUGUGAACAUUUAUGAACAAAUGUUUCGAAAACAAAAAAAAAUAUAUGCUCGUCAAGUGAUUGUCUUACGAUUGUAAUUUAUGGGCAUUUCGUAAAUCUCCAGUUGAAUUCGCAAUCAUUUACGAACAAGUUCACCAAAUAUUUUUUUCCUGUGAAAACACCAUUGUAGGAUCAAACUCCAGCUGUGAAUAUGAAGAAUGGUUCGUUCUUGAGAUACAAUCAUCCGGUUGUCCAUUACAGGGAGUUCCGGCUUAAGUGAAAACGGAUUGAAAGAAUUUGAUAUGAAUUGCCUACUAUUGGGAGCUCAUUUAUAAAAUAAUUUUUGAAAUUCCCUUAAAUGUAUGCAAAUAUUUUUCACAAUUGACCCCAAAAAUGUUAUGACUGUAUCUUAGCUAAAAUAAAUCACAUUUUAUAUUUUAAGGAGUUUUUGGAAAACUGUAGAAGGAGAAAGUAUAGUGCAUUUCUGUUCUUUGCCUGGAUGCUCCUAAAUUAGUUUAUGCGCCAAAAUGUAAGGAUUUAUUUUUUCUAAAAGGAGAUUUUUAAUGAGAAAUAGAGGACCUUAUUUUUCAUUUUUAAACUUGAAUAUUUCGAAAUUACCCUUUUCUUACACACUCUUCAAUAAGUUUGCCUCCCAUUGGGAGUUAAUUUGUCUAAUUAUUUUUGAGAACCCCUAAUAUUAUAUGCAAAUUUUGAAUCAGUACAUUUAAAAUGCAUUUGUUACGAACAGUUGUUGCUGAAAACAACCCGAUGGCGCCAAUGAAACUUUGCAUAUUUCAUAGCGUUUCUGUAACUUAUUCGAAAGAAAACUCCUGUGGGUAUGCAAAUUUUCUGUUAUGAAUAAAGCCAUUUCGUGCGAUUUUCUUGGGUUCCGAAAAUAUGCAUAAUCCCAGUAGGGGAAUUCUGUAAUUUUCGUGGCAUUGUCACGCGUGAGUUCAAAACAUGACAAUGCCAUUCGAGCUUUUUUUGUCAGUUCGAAAAUGCAAUUCAUUGAAUUUUUAAUGAAAUCCUUUUACUUGAUAAUUUUACGAAAAUACAGUACGUCUUGGGUGAUUUCUUUAACAAAAUUCAUUGUCAUUUGAAUUGUCAGAAAUCUCAAAUAUGUGACUUCUGACAAUGCCACGUGAGCUGAAAUGGCAAUGUCACGGCUACAGAAUCGCAUUUUUGAAAAAAGCUCUCCUAAGAUUCGAACCCAAUUUGUCAUAUGGCAUUGCCAGAGCAUUACAGAAUUCCCCUUCAGAACCCACUAUACAACAAUUACUCAUACAAUAAAUCUAAUGGAUGGUAGGUUCCUGAGAUAAAUAUUCCGGUUGCCUACUAGAAUCUCCCUAAAUGCGUCUCGACUAAAAUUGAGAGGCUGGGGUCUUCUUGAAAGAGAGAUUUCGAAUGAAAUACCAGAGUUCAGAUUUUUAAUGAAUAUAAAUUCUGAAAAAAAAUAUAAUGAUUCCGUAAUUUAGAAAAUUAAAUAAUUAUUUUUACCAGAAAUUGAUAUUUUUCUCUCGAAAUUUGAAGCUUCUAAAACCGACGAAACUUUUGCAACUAUCCAAUAUUUAUUUUGAAAAAAAAAGUGAUAUUUUAUGUACACCGUAUUUCAGCGAUGAUCUCAAUAAUUUUUAAACGUAAAUUAAAAUAUUAAAAAAGAAAGUUCAUUGUCAUUAAUUUUCACAGUCGCGAAAAGUAAAGAAGUGGGAGAAAUUUGAGAUAAAAAAAAUGGGAAAUACACUGAAGAGAAAGAUUAAUAAAUGCAAUCAAUAUUUGUAUGUAUAGAACGUCGUUCUAAAGUAAAUUUUAAAAAAAAUCUAUACUGUAAUAUUAAGCACACAUAAACACGGAUUAGUAGAGAUGAAUGAAAUCGUUUAAUUGUAAGAACAAACGUAUUAUUUAAAUUAAAGAGAAGAAAAUUGUACCAAUUUGAUGAAAAGGGAAAUAACAUCAUUGUAUGAAGGAUAAUAUUAAAAUAAAAAAACUCACCUCGACAGCACAAAAUAUAGUAAAAAAAACAAGAAAACAUUUUGAAAGAGAAAAAAUACAGAAAAAUAUUCCUAAUAAUAGACCAAAUUUCCAAGAAUAAAUAAAAAUAUUUUGAUAAGAAAUGACAAGGAGAAAAUAAACCAUAGAAAAAAAUGCUCUCAGAAAAUUAUAUUUUUCGACGAAGAAAAUAAAACUCAGCUAAAUCACUGCUUUAGAAACCAGAGAGAUUUUUAGGCAUAACACGGACAAAAUAAACUUUAAGGGCAAGCAUAUUGAUUGUAUAAAAAUAUAUUAAAGAAAAAAUGCAAAAUAUUGACAUAUUACCAAUAUUAUCUAAAAUCUAGAGAAAAAAUAUGAGAAAGAAUUCUAUCCCAAAAUUAUAGUAAAGAAAAUGAGAAGAAAAAAUUAUUGUAAGGCUAAAGAUACUGUAAAAUGCAUUGAACAAAACUGUAUGAACUUUUUCUAAAUAUUUCGAUGUGCUUCAGAACAAUUCUAAUCGGUAGAUUUGAACGAUGAAAUUUUCCCGUGAAAUGCCUCUAAUUUAUGUCGUAAAUGUAAAUAGUGUCAUCCUAAAGAAAAUUCCUUAAAAAAAAUAUCUUAAGAAUAAACAACAUUCUCCCACCCUCAUCGAAAAAAAACUAAAAAAAACAUCCAUCGUAAACUCCUUUAGAAUAACAAAGUGACUAAUCGGCGAACUGAAUAUUAAAAAAAACGUUUUUAGAAAAAACAACUUAACAAUUAAGUAAAUUAAAGGAAUAUUGAUUAAAAGAAAAAAAUUGUCACUGCCAAAAUAUUGACUGAUUCCAUGAGAGAGAGAGAGAGAUAAACAAGAAAAAAACCAACCUUCGGACAAAUUUAGGGUCUCGUCUUGUAGUGAUUAAAAAGAAAAAAAUAAACUUUUGUAUUAAUAAAUACAAUUAGGUGAGAAAAACGCGGUAAAAUAGGUCUUUUUUUAAGGAAAAAAAUACGCAAAAAAAUAAACGGUAAUCAAACGAUCGAGGAUAUUCAAAAUUUUUCUACACUGCCCACAGAGGAAAAACUGAAUUAGUAAAAUGCUUUAGAAGAUUAUUUGUCACGGCAAUAAUUUUAUUUUAGUAGAUUUUACAAACAAAAAAAUGUCAAAAGCGCCCAAGAAAAUUUAUGGCAAAGUUUUCAUUUUUAACAGCUGAUUUUUAUGGUUGAAAAAUUUCAAUGAAAAUUUUAGCCAAUGGGAAAAGAGCAUUUGCUCACGGAGAUUUCCUAUUGGCUGUGAAGCCAAUGAAGAAAGCAGAUUGCAGCACUGAAAACUGAUGAGAUUAACCUGUUUGAACGCCUCCAAAAGGAGUUCAUCUCUUUAAUUUCCAUGAUGUAAUAUAAUUAACUUCAGUAACCCCUACAACAAAGUAUUUUAGAUAAUCGUGGAAAUUUCUUUGGUUAAUCCUGACAGGAGUGACAUAACCUUACUUUGUUGUGAGUUAACCAAAUUUUUCAUUUCGAAAGGGUUCAGUUUAAAUUUUUAGUUGGUGUCAAACAUACUAAAAUUUCAUGCUUUAACUAAUAAUAUCUUGUGGAGAAAUGUUCAGGGAGAAGCAAGAGGUUACGUUGUGAGAAGAAAUAACCUUAAAAUUAAAAUACAUAACCUACAUUGACAGUUAGUAGGUUAAAAAGCUUGCCCCUUUCGCGGAAUAAUAAUACAGGCACGUAUAGCGUUUAAUCAAGCUCAAUGGAUCCAAUUCGAAAGAUUUUAGAGUUCCAGAAAAAUUUUUCGAUCAUCUGAAGAGGAUUAAGUGCUCUACCACUUUAGCCCGCUGCGUAUCUAUUUUCAUCUCGAAACUUCAAGAUGUCAAUUUAAAAUGUUUGGUUAUGAGACACCUAACCUAAAAAAGGAUAUUUUGUUACUCAAAUUAUGGACUGUACUUAUUCGGAGGACUUGCUGUUUGCCUAUAAAACAAUAAUAAAAUAGCCCACGUUGAUUGAUAAAAUAGAUAUUUAUCAAAAUUUUUAGGCGAUAUCAAACACUUCUUUUGUAUUUUAAUAACCUAAAAAUAUACAAUAAAUUUUAGUCUCGAAUACUAUUUGAGGUUAGAAUAAGUAAAACGCCAAUUCUCACCUCAAGUCUCAAGAAUAUGAGGAAUUGAAAUUAAAUUUAUAUGAAUAUAAGUGCAUUAAAAGUAUUCUAAUUAACAGUUUUACCCUCAGUCACUGAGAUUGGACUUAGACGCAUUUUAAGUAUAAGAAGAUGUUUGAAAUCGCCAUGUUCAGUCGCCAUCUUUAGAUUUUGAUAAGUUUUUGUAGUAGAAAAUAGUCCUAAUACACUUAUUUAUCAAUUUGAGGUUAUGGUGAACAUAAUAAUAAUAAUGCUGGCACAACAUUCCAUGAAGGAACUAGGCCUUCGCGCAAGGGGAUUUCUAGAUACGCAUUAUUAUUUAUUUCUUAUACGGAAUGAGGAUAUCAAUCCCAUACCCCAGAAUAAAGUGCAGUGAAGCUUACUGGAUGCAAUCCGAAUACAUUUAAGAUCAGAGCAAUUCCUAGUGAUCUAGAGGGGGUUCGAACCCAAGACACUACCUACUUGUAUCAUAUAGGGAAUUCUCUAGCAGCCAGGUGACCCAUUGUGAACAUAACCUGAUAAAAAAUUAUUCACUUCAAGUGUAACAAACUAUAAAAUUCUCGAAAAAUACGUUAAAUAAAAAAAUUAGGUUAUAUUAACCUCAAUUUUACAAAUAAAAACGAAUUAUAGUGUGGAAAUGUUUAUCUUUUAAAGACUUUUUAAUCAGUUACACAGACAGGAUGAUAAAAAAAUAAUUAUGAAGAUCUUUAAAUUUUAAAAUCAUCAAAUUCCAACCUCAAAAAAAUUUACAUUUACAAAAAUUUACAUUUCUUGGUUAUAUUUUUUUGAAAUCAAGUUGAUUUUUUUUUAAUAAUUUAAGAGAAUUUCAUAUCAAACUUCAGACUUUUUUUUUAUCAUGAGAUGACUUUCUUAAUUAAAAUGAGGUUAUUAUUACUAAUUGUAUCGGGAUAUACUUUAUACAAUGUAAUCAUGCUGCAAAGUCGUAUAUUCCGUGUUGGAAGAAUGUGCUAUGUCCAUUGUAGACCUGCCAGGAACGCCUUCCCCGCAAAGUAUAUGUUUCUUCCGUGCCACUGAAGUUUCUUUUUGAGGUUAGGUCAUAUAUAACCUCAAAUUGUAAAAUGAUUUCUUUAUUUAAUAAUAUUUCAGUCCUCAAAUUGAGUUAUCUUGAAGUUUUUCAUAAUAUGUGUUUUAAUUUCAAAAAAAUGAUUAAUGAAGAAAAAUUUAUUUAAAUAUUCUAGAAUUAUUAGAGUUGCAAUGCCCUAGACACACUUACGACUUAAGCCGAGAGACGACUUAGUGGAAAAUGAUGGAAAUGAAGUUUAACCAUUAUGUCGAGUAUAAUUACGCUAAGCCGUCUCUCGGCUAAUCCUUAGGUCUGUCAAGGCCCUACAUUGAGAAAAAACACCAACUUUAACACUUUCUAGGUGUAAAAAUAUAUCAAGAUUUUUUAAUGUUAAUUUUACACCUUUUUAAGGGUAAAAAUAACAUGAUAGAGGGUAACUUUAACCCCUAAUACACCUAAAAAGCAUAUUUACACCGAUUUCGGUUCCGAUUUCGGAUUUCUAUUAAGAAAAUUAAAUAUUUGGACUAAGCUACAGCUAAUCUACAGCUUUUUCUGCUGCAGUUAUCCGUUUUUGUGUUUUGAGGUUAGAGUAAACAUAACCUCUCUAAAUACAUUUCUUGGCGACAGAUAAGACAUUGGGGUCCAAAAAAAAAUGUUAUUGAAAUUUUUCAACCAUGCGGGGACUUCAGCAAGUCAAAAUCAAAGAAAUUCAUAAAUAUUUUGAAAUAUUCUUCAACUGCCAUUUUUUGGAACAAUUAUUUCGACUGAUUUUUUUUUGUUACUUUAUAUAGAUUUAUUUUCCAAACAAAUUGACAAAAGAAAAAUGUGAUGGAGGGAAAUACACUUAAAUCAAAUUUUAUUUAAUUUUAUCCACCAUUGAACGAGGGGUUGAAAGCAAAGAAAUUCGUGGAACAAAAAAAAAGAGGAGAUUGAUAAUAAAAAUAAAUCAGAUGGGAGAAGGCAUUGAAGGAGAAAAUAAAAGAUCGGUUUCGGAGGAACUCAAGAAGCUGCGGACAAAAGAAAAAAAAUGGUUAGAAUGUAGAAAUAUUGUUGUAAUCGUUGUGAAAGGCGUUUGUAAAAAGGAAGUUAUUCUCUCUAAGCAGAAGAACAAAAAGAAAUUAAUGCUUUUUUGGAAAUAUUUGGAAGAAUUUGGAUUAGAGAGAAAGAGAGAGAGAUAAACUUUUUCUUAAGGAUAUUGAAUGGAAAAAUUGGAAAUGAAAAUGAUAAGGAAAAAUUAUAAACUAUUAUUCGAUGGAGUUGGAAAGUUCUAAUUAAUUAGAAUGUGUUUAGUCAAAUUGCUAACUCUUGUGUAAAAGAAAAUAUUGUAAGAAAAGAAAGAUUUCCCCCAAUUUGAAAGCCUCUUUUUUUAGUGAGAAUAUUUAAUAAUAAUUUUAUUCUGGCAAAAUUGCGGAUAUUUUUUUUUAAUUCAGUGGUAGUUUGUGAAUUUUAUUAUUGAGUAAUUUAUGUAAAUAGUUAAAUAAUUCAUUUAUUUAAAUGGAAGAAAAACAAUCGAAGAAAAUUGAUGGAAAAUUUAAGAAUAGAACCCAGCAAAUUUUCACAAACCAAACAAUAUUUUUUUGUCUAUUUAACCAAUUUCUUCGCCUCAGUAUCAGUUCUUUCUUUAAAUAAAAAUGUAAAACCCCUCCAGAGAAUAUUAAAAAAAAGAAAUGCAAUUUUAGUGAGGAAAUUAUUAGUGAGAGAGAAUGGUAAUAAAGAAAAAUCGUAAAGUAAAAUAGAAUUAAUGGAAUAAUAAAGUAAUGAGAAGAAGAAAAAUUAGAUAAAUGCUAAUUUUAAAUGAACAAAGAUUUUAGUGACAUCAUUUUGCAAUAUUAAAUCACAACUGUAUUCUAUAUUGUCUCCCCCUGUCCCCCGAUUAAAAAAAAAAAUAAGAAUGUUGCAAAAUAAACCAACUGAAGGGAGAAGAUAAAAAUGUGUAAAUUUAUUUUAUUGUAUCAAUAUGUUUCUUCAAUUUAAAUUAUUUUGUACAUUUUACACGUGAAUUUAUUUCUCACUCCUGCAAAAUGGAUUUAAUAAGAAAAAAAAAGAAACACGCGAAAAAAAUGACUGAAUAUUUGUAAAAAAGAAAAAUAAAAGAAAAAUUGGUAAGAAUAUUACAGAAAAAAAAAACAAAUUUUUUAGAUGUCGAACAAAAGAAAUAAAUUGAGAAUGAAUGGAAAACAAACCUCUGAAAAGCAGAAAAUAGGUGAAAAAAUCAGAGCUAAAAUCUACCUCAUCGUGUAAUAAAAAGAAAAAAAAAUACAUUUUCCCCCCAAAAAAAAAGAAGAAAAAUAA